AUGGCCGCUGACUCUGGCGGCAAUGGCGGGGGUGGCGGUUGUGGCGGUUGUGGCGGUGGCCGCUGUCGCAAAGCGCCCUCAAAGCCACCACUCAUCAACAUGAAUGCUGUCUUCUUCAUGGUUGUUGGUGCUGUCGCUGGCAUAGUGCUGGCCUGUCCUUGUCACGUCUUUCCAGGAGCUGCAGCCGCAGCCGCAACCACCUCAGCGACGACAACGCUGGUCAUGUCUGCUGGCUGGAGUGGGCAUGUGCUUCCUCCCGAGUCGCGCGAUGAGGGCGAGGGUCGUCCUUCCUUGGUGCUGUCCUCUCGCCAGCCGGCAGGCGACAUCGUGUUUGGGCGGGUGCUGCCAUCCUCGCCAAGCGACCCGUUCCUGGCGGCCUUUGGCAUUCAGGAGUAUCUCACUGCCAUGCGGCGGCUGAAGCCAGCCUGCGUGCUGGCAGUACAUCCUCUUGACGCUCGUGCAGCAAGCCAGCAGCCUCUUUUUUCGCCGCUGCAGCGUCUGCCGUGCACUACGUUCUCCGCCACCGUGAACGAUACCCUCCGUGUGUACACGCGCACCCAGGACGGUGUCACCCUUCAUGUGUUCUCCGUCGCACCUUCGGACUGUUCCGGCAUUGAGAGCUCCACAACGUCCGCCUGUCUUCGGGUCGCGGCUGACAAGCUGCUUCAAGCCGGCGCCGAGGCGAGCGCCACAAGCAGUGACGGCGUCAACGUUCUUCUGUCUUACUUCCCCCCGUCCAUCACCGCCCAGCUGAUGGAGAGCGUACAGGCGUCAAUGACGUUUGCGGCGGCUGUGUCGCGUGACACCUCAACACGGGCGCCCACUUCCCAGCAACCUCUUACAUUUGCCGGUGAUGUCACACACGCAGUGUGGCUACCAGACACAGCCGAGCUGACACUCACGCUCGCCGUCACAGGGAAUAAUGCUUCAAAUGGCAUCGUCCUCAGCUGGUCGCGGUCGCCCUAUAAGCCGCCUGCCUGCCCCACGUCGGCAUCGUCCAGUGACGCUGCUGAUGCUGCGCUGUGCGACGUCAUCGCCGAGGAGACACAGCGAUACGGGCCCGGCAUCGAUGCGCAGCUCAACUCAUCCACCCGUACCUUCCCAGCACCGGCGUGGCCAGAGGCGACUUGCGGCUUUUAUGGCUGCCAGACAUCGCGCUUGCUUGGCCGCGCCCUGAGCACUCUCCUCGGUUGCGACAUUGCAAUUCUGCCAGCAACUGCAACAUUCCUUCAGCUGGGUAUGCUCCAGGGCACAGUACACCUUCAGGACUUGCAACAAGCGCUGCAGCACCACCGCAUCGCCGUGGCCUGGCUGAGCGAACUUCAACUCGUGCGGCUCGCCAGCGUCGCGCUGUUCACCGAUGCCCUCACCUUUCCCGGCAUGGCCAUCGCCACGACCGCGCAGGGCGAGCGUAUCAUCGACGUGGCGUUUGCCGGGCGCGCGUCGUCCACGGGCUUUACCGCCGUGCACCGCGUGUGCGUUCCACACAACACGCUUACCACGACAGUGCGGUCGCAUGUUGACCAGACCCCAAUAGCCAUUCCAGCGGACACCACGCUCGGCGAAGUGGUCUUUGCGUUUCUGCGCGGUGUGAAUGCCACAGAGCCUCUGACGUCGGCACCCGAAACAAGCGCGGUUGAUCGGCCAACGAGCGCCAACAGCCGCGUCUGCGCAUAUGUCCACAAGUGGACGGCACAGGCAGCCACCAUCCACGACACAUGCACAGGAUCUCAGGCGCUGACGUAUUGGGAAUGGCACAUCACUCCACCCGGCCCAGCUGCAAGCGUGCAAGUGGCGUUUGCAGGGGCACAGCUUGACCCGGGCACCCUCUUCUCCAUGACCACGCCUCGAUGGCCAGUUCCCCUCCACGGCGACAUCCUCCCCGUCACCCUCAAGCUCCUCUCCAAGGACCUGCGCGUGUCGCUGCUGGCGCUGGGUGAUCCUGGCCUCCUUCCUGUCACCAUCACGUACACGUCCUCUCCCCUCUGCCCCGCCGGGUUUGAGUCUGCCAUCAACGCGACGGAGACGUGCGUGAGGUGUUCACCAGGAACAUUUCGGGCAUCGGCCACGGAGGAGACCAACACAUGCGCUCCGUGCGCGCCCGGAACACACGCGCCAGAGCCAGGCGCCACCACAUGCAAUCCCUGCCCACCUGGGUUUGCUGUCCAAGAGGCCGGCGCGGAAGUGUGCAAACCGUGCAGCGUUGGCACGUAUGCAGAGACGCCAGGCCACGCCAAGUGUCUGCCUUGUCCGCCCGGCUCGAGCCAGGCGCUGAUAGGGCAGCCAACAUGCACGCCAUGCGAACGCGGAUUUGCUGCCGCAACUCCCGGUCUCAUCACCUGCACACCAUGUCCACCAGGCACUCAUGCAGCAAGCAAGGGCACGGUCACGUGUGCGCCGUGUGCGCCCGGAACUUUCGCUGCAACAUCUGCGCUGGCUGCGUGCACUCCAUGUCGGGGGCCGGAUGUGGCACUUGAUUUCGUCGGCGAGUUCACCAAUGAGACUGGCAGCGCCGUGUGUCGUGUUGCCUCCGCCCGCGGGUUUGGGCGCACUGAUUUCAACACGUGCACAACAACGGAAAACGCGUGCGAGUGUUUGCCUGGGCGCCUGCCACCAGACUGCAAACUGCCACCCAUCUACCUCGACUACGACAACGGCGUGGCCAUCUUGCUGGUCACGUUCAACUGCAUUGCACUGACCAUCACCAUCGCUGUUGCCGUGCUGUUUAUCCGGUGGCGCAACCACGUCGUUGUCAAGGGCACGUCGCUUGUGUUCUGCCUGCUCAUCCUCCUUGGCAUUGCCAUUGGGCUGUGCACCGUGUUUGUGCUGGUGGGCGAGCUCUCCGACACGCGGUGCACGCUGUACGCCUGGCUCAACGCCAUGUCCUUUGCCUUCAUCAUGAGCAAUCUCCUGGUCAAGACAUGGCGCAUCUACAAGAUCUUCUUCUCAUCCCUGAGUGAACAGCAGCAGCUCGACCUCUCCGAGACGCGCAUGAUUGUGCGCGGGCUGACAUAUGUGGCCGUGCAGGCCAUCGUGUUGGGUGUCGUCACCUUGCUCUACCCGAUUCGCACGGAGGUUGACCUGAUUGAGAACGACCCCUUUGCUGAGCGCCGCCUGGUGUGUGGCGAUGGCUUGGAGGUGUCCAUCACCACGCUCCUGUGCAACCUGCUCUACCUGGGCAUUGGGUUCUCCUUGCUGUACAAGACGCGGCAGGUGCGCACAGACCAGUUUGGCGAGAGCGCGUUUGUGAUUCUCGUGCUGCUCUUCUCCGGCGUGAUUGUUCCGGGCGUGGCGCUGACGCUGGGCAUGACGGGGCGCGCUCGCCUCCUCUUCAACAUCAUCUCCACGGGCAUGACAUCCGUGCUCGCACUCGGCACCAUUUUCUUCCCCAAGGUGUACGGCGUUGUCUUCAAUGAGUCGUUCGCGGGCGACGAGUUCCUCACUGAUGAGACUGCUGUCAACACGCUGGAUGGCGGGUUCUUUGACGGCACCGGUGGUUUCCGUCGGGAAAGCAUGUACCCGUCUCGGCGUGGCAGCCUGCUACCCUCUCGUCGCGAGAGCAUGUACCCAGCCCGCAGCCCACGGCACUCCGUCUACUCCAACCGCAGCAACCGCAGCAGUGCUCGCAAGAGUGACUUUGAGCUUGCCUUCUUGCUGGAGGAUGCGGCAACCGCAAAUGGCGGUGGCGGCGGUAACAGACGUGCAGGCCCCACGCUGACGGUGGAUGAUGCACAUAUUGGAUGGAAAGGGCAGCACAGUCACAGUCGCAGCGCACGCCCACCGAUUGUGCUGAGCGUGGGCUCCAGCCAGGAAGAGGACAGCGACAGCAGCGAUAACGAGCGCGUGCUCACAGUGCCGUGCAAUUCCACGUCGAAACCGCAGAAUGGCGGUGGUGGCGGUGGUGCUGGUGCCCACUUUAUGGUUCGUGUCUUUGAUGAGGAUGAAGAUGUUGAAGACGGAAGUGGUGCUGGCGCCUGCAGUGGCGGUACAACCAAGCCUGAAGUGAGAAUUGAGAAUGGUGGUGGUGGUGCAGAUGAUAGUGACGACGAUGACGGUGACGGUGACAGUGAUGAUGUGCAGCCCAAGACGGACAAGAACAAGCAGCCAGAACGCCAGGAUGCCGCUGCCGAAAUCGCUGUUCAUGAUGGCGACGAGGAAGCAGACACGAGAGGGAGCUGUCACGCUGCGCAAGCUGGUGGUGCUGGGCUGGGACGGAAAGGCGUGACCAGAGGGAGCGAAGCAGAGCGCCCACAGAGCUCCGACGAUGAUGCGAGUACGCGCAGCGAACCCCAGCAUGGUAGUGGCGGCGAGGACGGCCAGUUGCCCAAACAUGGUGGACAACAGGGCCGAAGACGACGAAGGAGAACAAACAGAAGCGAGCGGCGUGGCGGAAACAGACGCAAAGGAGCGAGGACGAGCGCCGACUCAUCCAUCUCGUCCUCUCCGCCAUCGUCGUCGUCACUUCUUCCCACCGGUGACAGCGAGACUGAAACGCGUGGCGCAAGUAGUGAACGCGAUCAGCAAACGCAGCACCGGCAGGAGCGUCGGCGUCAUAAAGGCAAUGGCGAUGAAGGCCAAGGUGGUGGUGACGAUGAUGUGGAUGCGGUGGAGCCAACUCGUUUGGUGGAAGUGCUUAGCGCAGGAGAAGCGCGGUACAUUGAAGCGCUGCUGGUUCGCCAGGUGCAGGCGUUGGGGUCCGAGAAGGUGACGGCGUUGCUGUCGCGGCAUGCGCAGAGGAAUCGACACAACCACAUGCGAGGACAGGCGUCUCUUCCGCUCUCUGCUGCACAGCGGCCGCGUGGCCCUGACGGCAGCCAUCACCAUCCCAACCGUGUGCGCUCCCUUCAGCACGAGGGUGGAGCGAGAGUUGCACUGGAGGACCUACAGCCGUCACGCGAAGACCACCAGCAGCAGCAUCGUGUUGGUGGUCAUGGGCAGCGCGACAGAGACUACGGGAGUGGCGAUGACAGGAGGCGCCGUGACGCUGACUCUGGCAGCCAUGUCAGCAGCAGCAACAGCGGUAGCAGCGUCAGCGCACGUGGUGGCAGUGGCCGCGUCGUGAUUGGCGAACGGGCACGCAAGCUGGCGGCACGAAUGAACGAGCAGGUGCGACAGCGGGCGAUGACAACACCGAGUCGCCCGCGUGGAACAGCAAACGCAGCAGCUGCAACAUCACCAUCAUCGUCGUCGACACGUCGUCGUGGCGGCGAUGGCACCGGAGGCGGUGGCAGCAACCGCAACAGCGGUGGGUAUGGUGGUGGACCGUCUGAGUACAAGGCCGUGUUCCGCUACACGAACAAGGUGACGGGCUUUACCAUCUAUGCUGGGCAGACGCUGAUUGCGUACGAGCCACCGAGGCAGCGGCUGGUGGUUGGUGUUGUCAAGGAGACGGGCGAGCGAGGCGCAGUGCCGCUAGCGUUUCUUGCGCACUUGACCACACCCCACAGCACCAAGCGGCAAACCUCUUCGCUUCGAUCACAGAAUUCGCGUGUGCACGACGACGCGGCGCCCCAAGGGAGUAUCCACCGCACAUCGCAGAGUCUGCGUGAGACGACAUCGUCCAUCACGGGCGCAGAUGUGGGCGAUCGGCCACUGGCGCGGUCACAGAGCGCCAAGUCUGCAGCAGAAGCGAAGCACAAGCCCAGGAAGAAGAGCAAAAAGCGCAGCGGGGACGCCCACGGCGAGCGUGGUCUUGGUGAUGAUGAUAGCGACGAUGAUGACGAAGAUGACAGUGUGCAGCACACGCGCAGCGGCACGUUUUUGAAGACAGUGAAGCGGGCACUGCGCCGCAACCGCACCGGCAGCAACAGCAGGAGGACCGCGAGGAGUGACGGGGGCGGCGGCGGACGGGUUGUGCACCGCAUGCAACAGCGAUCCAUGGACGCGAGUGCAACCGGCGCGCGCCGUCAGGCCCACGCGCAGAUGGGGAUGGCUGGCCAGAUACGGUCACGAUCGAACACAACAACAGCUGCGAUGGCACCGCGCCGUGCACGCUCACAACAGUACCAACAGCACCGUCAGCAGAUGGGCGGAGAAGGCAGCGGCGAGCAGAGGUCGCUGGCGAUGAGGAACCAGUGGGGGUCGGCUGUCUCUCGGGCGCCAGCCAUGUUUGGUGCUGUUCAAUAUCCACAAGACCACGCAUGCGCAUCGACGCAACGCAGCAGUGGUGGUGGUGGUGGUGGCGGUGGUGGUGGUGGUGGUGGUGAUGGGAGUGAAGGCAGCGAUAAUGUUGAUGACAGCGAUGAUGGAGCAUACACUGGCUUUACUGGGCUGCAGCAGUUUGCUGUUGGCAGUGGUGACGAAGGGCACAUGAGCGCAAACGAGGCCCGCAAGACACGAACAACUGCUGCGGACGGCAGUGCUUGUGGUGGCGGUGUUGGCGGUGUUGGCGAGUGGAUGAUGACGGAGAGUGAAGCAGGUUGGUUGGCGCAGAAAGGAUUCAAGCGGAACGCAGCGUUUGUCGGUGCAAACCAACGGCUUUCUGUGCGCGGGGAGCAGCUGGUGAGUGACGACGACGAUGAUGACUGGGAUGAGUGCGAGAGUAUGAUUUAA